AUUGCGCAACUACGAAUAUUGACCCAUAAAAGAGAACGCGCGUUAUAAUGGUUUUAAGCUUAGAUGGGAACUCUACAAUAAAUCGAAAUGCGUUCAUAGCAAUUGCAAAGUAGAACUAUCCACAUUAUUUUAUUAUUUUUACUAUUUUAUGUUUUUAACUUCUAAAUUAUACAAUUCGGUAAGUUUAUUUUAAUUGAAUGAUGAAAAUUAUCGAGGACAGUAUAUUCUUACUCAAAAACAAGGUGUAUGAGUACCGCGAUUGUAAUUCGAAGAAAUGUUCUAAUUUUUUUAUACUUGAAUAUAUAAAUGCGUUAUCUUUUGUUGAAUUAUUCUGACUUUAACAGAUAAUCAAAUAAUUUUAACAGGCUAUUGAACCCGUCUAUUUUUAGCACAACUGGAAAUACCGAUAGGUUAAUGACCUCUAGAAACAUGGGAAGAGAGAAAAUGCAACAACGGUUGAUGAUGCUGGAUGUGAUAAGAUACUUACUUAUAACGACAUUUGUCAAAUUCAUCCUUGUUUUAAUGAAUAACGUUAUAAAAAUUAUUGAGUUUAUUAUUGGAAGAACAAUUUACGAAAUUACCACCAAAAAUAUCUUGAGUAAAUGCUCUCAAAAAGUUACGAAAUCUUUAGUGGAGUCUCAAAUAAAGGAUACUUUACUUCAGUAUGUAUUUGGACUACAGAAAGCUUGUUCAGUUGACAAAAUUUCUUUCGCUGGAAGACUAUUACUUGUUGAUGGUAUUCGAAAGAAUAUGGAGAGAUAUGCGGAAUUUGAAAGUAUAAGAGAAAUUCGACCAUCUAUAUCAAAUGUUCGAUUCGAGAAGCCAGUCUUCAUUGUUACCUUACCUAGAACUGGUAGUACAUUUUUACAUUGUUUAAUGGCUGAAGAUAAACGUUGGUGGGCUCCUCCUCUAUGGCAAUUUUGCUUUCCCUUCCCGCAACCUAACUGCCCAGAGGGUGUUUCAGAGGAAGAGAGGAAAAAUUUGAUGUCUUGUAAUUUAAGGAGGAAAACGUUAGAAAUUCUUAUUCGUGUGGCUUUUACUGACCCAUUAGCAUGGAAAGCUCAUCCGAACCAUCCAGAAGAACCGGAAGAUGUUAAUAUGCUUUUAGAAAAUCAGCUUAUCUCCUGGGAGAGAAUGAAUAUGUUCGAAGCAAUGACAGAUUACAGAUUAUGGUUAUUAAAUAGGCCUAAGAGCUUCUGGAAGGAAACUUAUGAAAAGAUGAAAUUCCAAUUACAAUAUAUUGGUGCAAAUAAUGGAUUACAAAAAGGAAAUCGUCCUCUCCUAAUGCAUCAUGUUCCUUUAGUGCAUAUGGAUGCUUUAUUAGAAGUGUUUCCUGACGCAUCGUUUAUUACAAUUCAUCGCCAACCUGAAAAAGUUGUUUCGUCUUCUGCCAGUCUCUAUUAUCUUUAUUCACCAGUCUACAGGAAACGUAAUAAACUCGCUUCUGGACGGAUUGUUGUUGAACAAUUAAAAAAUGCCAUUGAUACACUUGUUAGGAUGAGAGAUGACUUUCCAAAUGUAAAAUUUGUCGAUAUACCUUUUAAUCGUUUUGUAACUGACCAAAAGAAUGUGGUUAAGCACAUUUAUGAAAAUUUACAAGUUCCUCUCACGGAUGGCGUUGUAAAAGCACAAGCAUUAUAUAGUCAGGAACAUCGACAGCACAAGCACGGUGUUCACAAACACUCAAUAGAAGACUUUGGAAUAAGCAAAGAAAAAGUUCAGGAAAUUUUUAAAAAUUAUUAUUCUAAAUUUAAUGAAUAUUUCACUGGAAUGUUUUGCAAAUGGAAGAUUAUUGGAUCACAAAAUAGUUUAAUACGACUACACAUUAAAACUAUUGAUUUAAGUUUUGCGCCGAGGAAGGGAUGUGAUGCAAAUUUAGAUAGUUUAAGUGUAUCUGAUGUGGUUAAUGGUGAAGUUAGAAGUUUGGGAACGUUUUGUAAAGAUUCAAAUCCUAAAUAUGUACUAAGCUAUUCAAAUCAAUUAAUAAUUGAACUUAGAACCAAAAUUGGAAGAGUUUUUGAAAAUCUUAUUGGUGUUAUUCUUGACUUUGAAGAAAUAUCAAAAAAUUCAACUUGCCUUCCUAAUUGGAUUCAUAUAGAUCAAAAUUGUUAUUAUUUACCAAAAGUUAAAGAUACAUUCAAAUUUGCAGACUCUCAAAAAUUUUGUGGAUAUAACAAAGCUAAUUUAGUUAAAUUCGAUUCAAGGGAAGAGUUAGAUAUUGUCAAAAAUAAAAUAUUAAAUGAUCCAGACUUUAAAAGAGACCUGGAAAAAAUUUAUCAAGGAAAUUAUGAAAUUAGUUCUAUAAAAUUCUGGAUUGGUUUGAAUGAUUUAAGUAAAAUUGGUAAACUUGAGUGGUUAGAUAAGAGUACUUCGGAUUUCUUCGAUGGAGAAGACGAUUCUAAUAGAAAUAAUAGAUGUGUUGCCAUGGUUUUGAAAAGGCCUUUGAACAAAUUAUUAGAUAUUUCUUGGAGGAGGCAAUUUUGUGAUUACGUUAGUAAUCCCGACAAAGCUAGACCCUUAUGUAAAAGAGGAACGCUGGCUGAACACGAAACAAUACUAUCCGUUCCGAAACUUCAAGAGGAACGAUCUAGCCCAGAAUCCUUUAAAUGGUGGAUUAUCGUAUUAGUCGCAGUAUUAGUAAUCUUAAUAAUUUCAGCACUUGUCGUUGUUUGUAUUAAAUAUAAUAGAUCAACCAUAAAAAGGUCUACAAGACAGCCUACAACAAGUUCUCAAAAUAGAAUGGGUGGAGAAUCACCACCACCAUCAUAUAGAGAGGCAUUAAGGAAUUGUCCAAAUUAA